CCGUUAGUACGAGCGCUUUAAUCAGAAUCAUAUCCUCAUGCAUUCUGAGGGCUAUCUUUGAGCGUAAAUAUAAUGCCGAACAGCUGCAUUGUUUUUGGAGUAUGCGUUCACAUUUUUAUUCAAUUUAAGUUAAUGAUCUGGGAAUUUAUCUGCGUAUUCUAAGCUAAUAGCGCAUAAUUUAAACGUGUAUGGCCCCUCUCAACGAUAUAAAAAUGGAGUAAAAAACUUUUGGCAAUUUAAACUUGAACUAUUUCACGAAAAAUUGGGCUAUCUGUGAGAUGAUGCUCAUGAUUGCUUGAUGUCCAUGAACGUUUUAUUAAUUUAACUACGCCUCUUGGAAGUUAUUGCAUUUUUUGCAUUUCUCUUGACAUUGUGCAAUUUUAAUACACUCUUUAAAUAAAAACGUUAUUUAGACUAUUUAUCCGUUUCAAUAUUUGGCUGACACUCUUAGAGCUUAUAAGAGUUGAGCGUGCCAUUGCUGAGUUUUCCCUUCUGUGUUGGAGCUUCUUGGACAGAAUAUACCACCGAGUGAUAAAUUUUAUUUUUUGAAAAUUAUUUGUUUUAUACUUGACUUAUUGAAAGAUAUGGACAGUUUUUGUAUGGACUUGCUGAUACCGACGAAGUAAAUUAGUUUGUAUUAACUUUUCUAAUUGCAUAUGUAUUUAAUUUAUUCUAAUUUAAAUAUAUCAUGGCUCAAGCUUCUGCAUUGACUGUGGACUAUUGCGCGUUUGCACAGCUGCAAAGUUUAUUUUUGUUUUUAUUUUUGUACAGCGGUCUUUGUUUAAAUAAUUUCCUAAUCUUAUUUUAGAAACAUCAUUGCUAUAGCCCACUUACUUUCGCUUGUCAGUAUAAUAGCUAGUGUAGGCUACUGCAUUGGCAUUAGACAGAGACCUUAAUUAAAAAUAUUUAGCUUAUACAACUGUAGGAGGCGUGCUGCAACCAUAGAACCAUCGAUGGGAUUUUUGUUCCAUAUCUUCUGAGGUGCACUUGAUGUGGGCUGUAUGUAUGGGCUACUUAAAACUAGAUUAUGGAACUAGAUAACGUGGCUUGAAAUGGUUCUCCUUUAAAAUGGCUCGUUUAUCCUUUGAGUACCUUUACUGUACCUUGACAGAUUCGGAAAAGUGCAUUGUUUCCCUCAUGAAGACGUUCUUUCCACUGGACUAUGUUAACCGUUAAUUUAUUCGUAGAGUGGAUAAUCGUGUGUCCUCUCCAUAGAUUCAUUCAUGUGCUGCUGAGCCAGAACGACUAAAAAUGAAGAUAAGGCUGUCUUUGGCAGCGGUUGCCCUCCUGAUAGUGCUAGUAACCUGGGUCGAUGCUCAAGCAGUUGAACCCCCCUCAGACUUGAAAUUUAAAAUUCUCAAUGAGAGCACAGUACAAAUGUCAUGGAAGCCGCCAUUGUCAAGGAUACAGGGAUACAGAAUACAAGUGGUCUCUCGCACAGAAGAUACAGCUGAAGAGAUAAAGCUCCCUGCCUCCAGUACGGAGACAUCCAUAACAGACUUGACCCCUGAUGUAGAAUAUGUUGUUACCUUUACUUCCUUUUUGGGAUCAGAGGAAAGUAUACCCAUCUCUGGCCAGCUUACAAUCCAGUCAAGCACCACAAGUGUAACUUCAAAAAGACCACAGCCAACAGAUUCAGUUAAGUGCACCGUGGGUGCCAUCACAGACUUGGUCUUCCUGGUGGACGGCUCCUGGAGCAUCGGGAGGGAAAAAUUUAAAUACAUUCGCAGCUUCAUCGCGGCAAUGGCGGGCGCCUUCGACAUUGGAGAGGACAAGACCAGAGUGGGCGUGGUUCAGUACAGCACAGACACCAGAACCGAAUUCAACCUGAACCAGUACUUCAAGCGUGGCGAGCUCAUCCGAGCCAUUAACAACUUGCCUUAUAAGGGUGGAAACACAAUGACAGGCGAUGCCAUGGAUUAUCUGUUGAAAAACACAUUUACCGAGGCUGCUGGAGCCAGGCAGGGAUUUCCCAAAGUGGCCAUGAUUAUCACAGAUGGAAAAUCUCAGGACCCCGUGGAAGACUAUGCCAAAAAACUCAGGAACAGUGGGGUUGAGAUUUUUGUCUUGGGGAUCAAAGAAGCAGAUGUGGACGAGCUGAAACAAAUGGCCUCCACCCCUUACAGCAGCCAUGUCUAUAAUGUCCCCAACUUUAACUUGAUCAAAGAGGUGCAGCGUAAGCUCAUCGGCCAUGUCUGCAGCGGUGUUGAUGACCAGAUGAACUUUCUCGUGAGCGGGGAAGAAGUGGUGGAACCACCCUCAAACCUGGAAGUCAGAGAGACAGCCUCCAAAUCCAUGAGGGUGACGUGGGAUGCCUCCUUGGGGGAGGUCACCGGGUACAAACUCCAGCUGGUCCCCAUGUUAGCAGGCAGCAAGAAGCAGGAGCUGUACGUAGGACCCUCUCAGACCUCGGUGACCGUGAUGGACCUCUCCCCGGACACGGAGUAUGAGAUCAGCCUGUUUGCCCUGAACGGUCUGAUGCCGAGCGAGCCCGUCAUGACCAUGGAUAAGACCCAGCCGACGAAGGUCUCUCUAGAAUGUUCCCUUGGUGUGGAUGUACAAGCAGAUGUUGUUCUCCUGGUUGACGGCUCUUACAGCAUAGGAUUAGCCAAUUUCGCCAAGGUGAGAGCCUUUCUUGAGAUUCUGGUGAACACCUUUGACAUUGGACCGAAUAAGGUCCAGAUCAGCCUGGUUCAGUACAGCAGGGACCCACAUACCGAGUUUUCCCUGAACACACACCACAACCUCGACGCCGUGGUCAAAGCCGUGCGGUCGUUCCCGUACAGAGGAGGCUCCACGAACACGGGGAGGGCCAUGACCUACGUCAGGGAGAAGAUCUUUAUCCCCGCCAGGGGGGCGCGAACCAACGUGCCGCGCGUCACUAUCCUCAUCACGGAUGGGAAGUCCUCGGAUGCCUUCAAGGACCCAGCCACGAAACUGAGGAAGGCCGACGUGGAGAUCUUCGCUGUGGGCGUCAAGGAUGCCGUUCGCUCGGAAUUGGAGGCCAUUGCUAACGAGCCGACGGAGACCCACGUCUACACCGUGGAGGACUUUGACGCUUUCCAGAGGAUAUCCAAGGAGCUGACGCAGUCCAUCUGUCUGAGAAUUGAGCAGGAAACCAUGAAUAUUAAGAAAAGGAGUUUAUAUCCACCAAAGUCGCUGACCUUCUCAGAGGUGACUUCCAGAAGUUUUCGGGCCAGCUGGGUCUCGAACAGCACGGACGUUUUGUCCUUCAUGGUGAAGUUCAGAAAGGCUGCAGACACAGAUGGAGACUACGUGUCUGUUUCGGUGCCUGGGGACACUUUUACUGCUGUCCUGCCCCACCUCACACCCCUCACCAAAUAUGAGGUGAAUGUCUUCGCUCACUAUGAUAUCGGAGAAAGCUUUCCCUUGAAAGGAAUGGAGACAACAUUAGAGGAACAAGGAACAGUGCGGAACCUCAGGGUGUCGGAGGAGACGACGGACAGUUUCCGGGUGUCGUGGGGUGCGGCCCCGGGGGCGGUGGUGAGGUACCGCCUGUCCUACGUGCCGGUCAGCGGCGUCGGGCCGAGGCUGGAGACGGCCACCUCCGGCCCCGAGACCUCCAUCGUGCUGAGAGAGCUUCUCCCCGCUACCACAUACCGCGUGUUUGUGACUGCUGAGUACCAGUCUGGGCUGGGAAAGGAGAGGCAAAUCGAUGGAACCACCAAAGAAGCUCACGGGUCCCCGCGUAACCUGCGAGUCUUCAACGAGACCGUGUCCAGCAUGCGGCUCUCCUGGGGGGCGGCGCCGGGCCGGGUGCUGCAGUACCGCGUGGCCUACCAGCCGGUGGCGGGAGGCGAGAGGAAGGAGAUCUCCGUCAAGGGCGAGAACACGGCCGCGCUGCUGAAGGGCCUGCGGCCGGCCACCGAGUACGACCUGUCCGUCAGCGCCCGCUACGCCACCGGGCUCGGGGACCCGCUGGCCGGACGAGGGACCACUCUCGAAGAGAUGGGCUCCCCAAAAAAGCUGGUCACAAAAAACGUUACGGACACCAGCUUUGAGGUGUCCUGGACGGCCGCCCCCGGCAACGUACGGUUGUACCGGGUGACGUGGAAGUCGCUGUUCACCGGGGAGGCCGGGGAGAAGACGGUCCCGGGCGGCGUUACGGACACGGUUCUGGACGGCCUGACCCCGGAGACCCGGUACCAGGUGUCCGUGCACGCGCAGUACAGCCGCGGAGAGGGGCAGCCGCUCGUGGGAGAAGAGACCACAGACGCUUCGGAGGCUGCCAAAACAUUGGCCGUGUCCGAGGAGACGGAGAAGAGCAUGAGGGUGACCUGGCAGGCGGCGCCGGGCAAAGUGGUGAGCUACCGGGUGACGUACCGACCCAAGACCGGGGGGAAGCAGCUGGCGGCCAAGGUGCCGGGGAACGUCACCACCACGGUCCUGAGGCGGCUGCAGCCCCUGACCACUUACGACAUCAUGGUGCACCCCGUCUACAAGCGAGGAGAAGGAAAAGCAAGGCAAGGAGUAGGAAUGACACUCUCACCUUUCAAGGGUCCUAGAAACCUCCAGACUUCAGAGCCAACAAAGACCAGUUUUCGGGUUAGCUGGGACCCCGCUCCGGGGGAUGUACGAGGGUACAAAGUGACAUUUCACCCCUCCGAGAACGAGGUGGACCUCGGCGAGCUUCAAGUUGGGCCGUAUGACAACACAGUGGUUCUGGAAGAACUCAGGGCUGGCACAAAGUACACUGUGAGUGUGUCUGGAAUGUUUGAUGGAGGACUGAGCUUGCCAUUGGCUGGAGAGGAGAAGACCACCCUCUCUGAUGCGCCUGACCCCCCAGUCAUCGCUACACCAGACGUCCAAUGUAAGACCGCCGCCAAGGCUGACAUUGUCCUGCUAGUGGACGGGUCAUGGAGCAUCGGGCGCCUGAACUUCAAGACCAUCCGGUCGUUCAUUUCUAGCAUGGUGGGCGUCUUCGACAUCGGUCCGGACCGGGUUCAGAUCGGGUUGGCUCAGUACAGUGGUGACCCCAAGACCGAGUGGCACCUAAAUGCUCACAAAACUCGUCAGGAAUUAUUGGAUGCUGUGGCCAGCCUACCAUAUAAAGGGGGGAACACACUGACAGGUCUUGCUUUGAACUACAUCCUCCAGAACAACUUCAAACCCAAUGUAGGACUGCGGCCUGAUGCUAGAAAGAUCGGCGUGCUCAUCACUGAUGGAAAAUCUCAAGACGAAAUUGACCAAAACUCUGCAAACCUGAGGAAUGAGGGCAUUGAACUGUAUGCUAUUGGUGUCAAAAAUGCAGAUGAAAAUGAAUUGAGGUCCAUUGCCUCAGAUCCUGAUGAGAUCCACAUGUACAAUGUGGAAGACUUUUCUUUCCUGCUGGACAUUGUGGAUGACCUCACCGUCAACCUCUGUAACAGUGUCAAAGGUUCAGAUGAACUGGAGCCGCCCACCAACUUGGUGACUUCUGAGGUGACCCACCAUUCCUUCCGUGCCACCUGGACUGCACCGUCCGGGCCUGUGGAAAAGUACCGGGUGGAGUACGUGGUCGCAGCCGGGGGCCGGCCCCUAGAGAUGUUUGUCGACGGGACGGUGACCACUGCGGUCCUGGAAAACCUGACUCCUCUGACGGAGUACAUCGUCAAGGUUCACGCCAUCUCGGGUGAAGUGAGCAGUGAGCCACUGAAAGGCACAGAAACCACCUUGCCACUCCCUGGUGUGACGCGCAUGAGGGUGUUUGAUGAAACCACCACCACCAUGAGGGUGAAAUGGGAUGCGGCCGCGGGGGCCACCGGCUACCAGCUGCUUUACAGCGCGCUCAACGCCACUGUGCCCACAGUGGAGAAGGAGGUGCGCGUUGGGGGAGAAGUGACCGAGGUCCUGCUGGAACAUCUGAUCCCCAACACAGCUUACACUCUCUCCCUCAUCGCCCUCCACGAUGAAGAGGCCAGCGACCCCCUGAGCCAGCAAGGGGUUACCCGGCCCAUGCCGCCCGCGGGCAAGCUAAGGGUCACCGAUGUCACCCACAGCACCAUGAAGCUCAACUGGGAUGCGGCACCGGGCAACGUGCGCAAGUACAUCAUCACGUAUAAACCAACGGACGGAGAUCUCAAAGAGAUUGAGGUAGGUGGUCACAUAACAACAUUGGAUGUUGGUGGCCUCAUCUCCCAAACUGAGUAUGACGUUGCGGUCACACCACAGUAUGAUGAGGGAGUUGGAAACCCAAUGCUUGGACAGGCUGUCACGGAUGUUGUUCCUGCUCCGAAAAACCUUAGGUUUUCAGAGGUUACCCAGACCUCUUUCAGGGCCACCUGGGAACAUGGGGCACCUGAUGUGGCCCUCUACAAAGUUUCCUGGACGAAGAAGGGCGAGCAAAACUUUGAAACUGCCAUUCUUAACAGCGAUGAGACCACCCUUGUUUUGGAAAACUUGGAAACUGACACUAUGUAUGAUGUGACCGUCUCAGCCAUCUAUCCAGACGAGUCAGAAAGCGAGGAACUCAUGGGCAGCCAGCGAACCUUGUCAAAGAGCAGUAAGCCUGUGGUCAUGGGGCCUCCAGGGAAAAUGCACGUGUACAACGCCACCACCACCUCCCUGUCAGUGAAGUGGGACCCCGCCCCGGGCCAGGUCAAGAACUACCAGAUCACCUAUGUGCCAGUGGCCGGGGGAAAGAACAUUACUGUCCAGGUUGGACCGAAGAAGACCAGCACCGUUCUCCAGAAGCUUAUCCCUAACACACUCUAUUCCAUUUCCGUGGCUGCAGUUUAUCCUACUGGGGGCCCCCUGAGCAUAUCUGGCACUGGAAAGACAAAUCCUUUUAGUGGAGUGAAAAAUCUGCAGGUUACAGACCCAACCAUGACUACUCUCAAUGUACGCUGGUCACCAGCUGAUGGAAAUGUGCGACAGUACAAGGUCAUCUACGCCCCUGCGGCAGGGGGUGAUGAGACCAUGGAACAAGUGCCUGAAAGUACAACGGCUACUGUCCUGAAGAACCUUCAUCCGGACACGGUCUACACAGUGUCAGUGGUUCCUGUGUACGCCGAAGGAGAUGGGAAACGCGAGUCAGAAAAUGGAAAGACAAGGCCUUAUGGUGGAGUGAAAAGUCUCCAGGUUACAGACCCGACCAUGACCACUCUCAACGUGCGCUGGGGUCCAGCUGAUGGUGACGUGCGACAGUACAAGAUCGUCUACGCUCCGGCGGCAGGGGGAGACGAGUCUGUGGACCAUGUGUCUGGAAGUACAACGACUACUGUUCUGCAGAACCUUCAACCGGACACAGUCUACACAGUGUCAGUGGUUCCUUUGUAUCCUGAAGGAGAUGGGAAAUCCCAGUCAGAAAAUGGAAAGACAAGGCCUUAUGGUGGAGUGAAAAGUCUCCAGGUUACGGACCCAACCAUGACCACUCUCAAUGUGCGCUGGGGGGCAGCUGACGGCGACGUGCGACAGUACAAGAUCAUCUACGUCCCGGCGGCAGGGGGCGAAGAGACCACGGACACUGUAUCUGGAAGUGCAACCACUGCUGUUCUGAAGAACCUUAAUCCGGACACAGUCUACACAGUCUCGCUGGUUCCUGUGUACGCUGAAGGAGACGGGAAACGCCAGUCAGAAAAUGGAAAGACAAGGCCGUUGGCGGGAAUCAGGAAUCUGCAGGUUACUAACCCCACAAUCAGCACGCUCAACGUGCGUUGGGAUCCCGCCCCAGGGAAUGUACGCGAAUACAAAAUCAUCUACACGCCAGCUGCCGGGGGCCCCGACAACAUGGAAAGAGUUUCUUCAACCAACACUGUUCUGAGAAAUCUUCUGCCGGACACCCUCUACACCGUGACAGUUUUGCCUGUGUACCCAGCAGGGGAUGGCAGACGUCAGUCUGAGAAGGGAAAGACAAAGCCUUUGGGUGGAGUGCAGAACUUGAAGGUCACGGACCCCACCAUCAGCUCACUCAACGUGCGUUGGGAGCCAGCCGCCGGGGACGUUCGCGAGUACAAGAUCAUCUACGUUCCCACCGCGGGGGGCGAUGAGCUCAUGGAGCAGGUAUCUGGAAGCACAACUAGCACCGUUCUGCAAAACCUCCGGCCGGACACUGUCUACACAGUGUCGCUGGUGCCUGUGUAUGCUGCAGGAGACGGCCAAAUCCAAUCCGAAAACGGCAAGACUUCGCCCUUGGGGGGAGUCAGGAAUCUGCAGGUAACGGACCCCACCAUCAGCACGCUCAACGUGCGUUGGGAGCCAGCCGAGGGAAACGUGCGCCAGUACAAGGUUUCCUACGUUCCUGCCACAGGAGGCACAGAGCGGACGGAUUACGUUUCUGGGGGCACGCCUUAUACAGUUCUGCGGAACCUUCUGGCAGACACAGUCUACUCAGUGACAGUUGUGCCUGUGUACCCUGACAUGGAGGGCAAACCACAGUCUGAAAAUGAAAAGACAAAGCCCUUGGGCGGAGUCAGAAACUUGCAGGUCACCGACCCCACCAUCAGCACUCUCAACGUGCGCUGGGAGCCAGCCGAAGGGAACGUGCGCGAGUACAAGGUUCUCUACGUUCCCAUCCCAGGGGACGUGGAAGAAACGCAAACGGUCUCUGGAGGAACCACCAAUACCGUCCUGCGUAACCUACAGCCAGACACACAAUACCAGGUAUCGGUGGUGCCCGUGUAUCUAGAUGCAGAAGGCAAGAAGCAGUCUGAAAACGGGAAGACAAGGCCCUUGGGUGGCGUGAAGAACCUGCAGGUCAUCGACCCCACUGUCAACUCUCUCAGGGUGCGCUGGGAACCAGCUGAUGGAGAUGUGCGCCAGUACAAUGUUUUCUACGUCCCUGCUGCAGGAGGCCAAGAGUCCAUGGAGCAAGUCUCUGGAGCAACGGUCAACACAAUCCUGAGGAAUCUUAAGCCAAAUACCGCAUACAAAGUCUCUGUAGUACCAGUGUAUGUGGACGUAGAGGGGAAACGACAGUCCGAAAAUGGAAAGACAAAGCCUUUGGGUGGGGUGAAAAACUUGAAGGUAACAGAUCCUACCACAAGCUCCCUCAAGGUUCGCUGGGAGCCAGCUGAGGGAAACGUGCGCCAGUACAGGCUUUUUUACAUUCCGGCUACUGGGGGGGCUGAGGACAUGGAGCAGGUCUCUGGUGGCACGACCAGCACUGUUCUGCGGAACCUUCUCUCGGACACACCCUACACAGUGACAGUGGCGCCCGUGUACCCAGAAGGCGAGGGAAAACGCAUGUCUGAAAAUGGAAAGACGUUGCCACGCACCCCACCCAGGAACAUCCAGGUCUACAACCCCACGCCCAACAGCCUGAACGUGCGCUGGGAGCCCGCGACCGGGAAGGUGCAGCAGUACCGCGUGACAUACUCUUCCCUGACUGGAGUUCGGCCUGACAAUUCUGUCCUGGUUCCUGGAAACACACACAACGCCUUCCUAGAUUCUCUCAUUCCUGACACUCCUUACUCAGUGAGUGUCUUGCCUCUGUACGCCGAUGGAGAGGGAUCGCCGGUGAAAGGAAACGGCAAAACCCUACCUCGCGGGGGACCCAGGAACCUUCGAGUGUUUGGUGCCACCACCAACACUCUGAACGUCGGCUGGGACCAUGCCGAGGGGCCCGUCCAGCAAUACAAGAUCGCCUACGCCCCCCUGACUGGGGACCCCAUCACUGAAUAUGCCAUCGUCCCUGGAAACAGAAACAAUGCCAUGCUGCAGAACCUCCAGCCUGACACUCCAUACAACAUCACUGUGGAAGCCGUUUACACCGACGGACCUGGAAAGAAGCUGUCUGGGAACGGACGCACACUCUCCCUCUCGGCGCCCCAGAACCUGCGAGUCUCCGACGAAUGGUACACCCGAUUCCGCGUGUCAUGGGACCCUUCUCCUUCCCCAGUCCUGGGGUACAAGCUGGUCUACCAGCCUACAGAUAAGGACGAGACCCUGGAGGUAUUCGUGGGUGAUGUGACCUCAUACACGCUACACAACCUGCAGCCAGGCACUACCUAUGAUGUCAAGGUGUUCGCCCAAUAUGACGGAGGGAUGAGUGGAUCUCUCGAUGGACAGGGAACUACACUGUACCUAAAUGUCAGCAACAUUGAAACCUUUAACGUUGGCUACGACAAAUUCUGUGUGAAGUGGACACCACAUCGGGCCGCCACCUCUUACCGAAUCAAGCUGAACCCUCUUGACCCUUCCAGCAAGGGCCAGCAGGAAAUCACAAUCACUGCUGCCCAGACUCAGUACUGCUUCGAUGGCCUCUCCCCUGAUGCCUUGUACAACGCCACGGUGUUCGUCCAAACCCCCAACCUGGAGGGGCCCGGGGUCAGCGCCAAAGAGAGAACCCUGGUAAAGCCCAGUGAACCCCCAACUGCAGCCCCGACGCCUCCUCCUCCUCCCACCAUUCCUCCUGCCUGGGAAGUGUGCAAAGGCGCCAAGGCCGAUGUGGUGUUCCUUAUCGAUGGGUCAUGGAGUAUUGGAGAAGAAAGCUUCCACAAAGUCGUGAACUUUGUUUUCAACAUUAUCGGAGCCUUUGAUGUCAUCAGCACAGCAGGAAUGCAGGUAUCAUUUGCUCAGUUCAGUGAUGAAGCAAAGACGGAGUUCAGGCUUAAAACUUACCACGAUAAAGGCAACGUGCUGUCAGCUCUCCAUCUCAUUCCAUACAGGGGAGGAAACACCAAAACAGGUGUUGCUCUCAAGCACGUCAGUGAGCGGGUCUUCACAACUGACAGCGGAAUGAGACGAAAUGUUCCAAAGGUUCUGGUGGUGGUCACAGAUGGACGAUCUCAGGAUGAGGUUCAGAAAAGUGCCUCCAAACUCCAGCAUGCUGGUUAUAGUGUGUUUGUUGUUGGUGUCGCUGAUGUGGACUACGCAGAGUUGCAGAACAUUGGAAGCAAGCCAAGUGAAAGACACGUGUUUGUUGUGGAUGACUUUGAUGCCUUCUCAACGAUUCAGGAUAACCUCGUCACAUUUAUCUGUGAAACAGCAACCUCCACUUGUCCUUUGAUUUACUUGAAUGGGUUCACAUCACCAGGCUUUAGAAUGCUUGAGGCAUUCAACUUGACUGAGAAGACCUACGCCUCUGUAAAAGGAGUUUCAUUGGAACCUGGCUCAUUCAACAGUUACUAUUCAUACAAAAUCCACAAAAAUGCAUUUUUGACACAGCCCACUACGGAAAUUCACCCUGAUGGACUGCCGCAGGCUUAUACCAUACUCCUUAUGUUCCGCCUCCUCCCUGAUUCGCCGACAGAGGCGUUUGACAUCUGGCAGGUGUCUGACAGCGGCAACAAGCCUGAAGUCGGGGUUACCAUUGACCCUUCAAGCAAAACCGUAUCUUUUUAUAACAAGGACACACGGGGGGAGAUCCAGAAAGUCAGCUUUGAUAACGAGCAAAUCAAGCAAAUCUUCCAUGGGAGUUUCCACAAGCUACACAUCCUGGUUUCCCCCAAGAGUGUCAAAUUGAACUUGGACUGUCAGGAGGUGGGGGAGAAAGAGAUUAAGGCAGCUGGAAACACCUCCACAGAUGGAUAUCAAGUGCUCGGCAAAAUGUCCAAGUCAAUGGGCUCGAAAGGAGACUCAGCAACAUUCCAGCUCCAGAUGUUUGAUAUUGUCUGCAGUUUGGGUUGGACAAGCAGAGACAGAUGCUGUGACCUGCCAUCCAUGAGAGACGAGUCCAAAUGCCCGCCCCUUCCCAAUGCUUGCACAUGUGCACUAGAGAAUGUGGGACCGCAAGGACCCCCUGGGCCUUUGGGUGUGCCUGGUUCUAAAGGUCCACGGGGUGAGAGAGGAGAACCUGGUUCACCUGGCGCCAUUGGCCCACAUGGCGAACAGGGAUUGCCAGGCCCCAUGGGACUUCCUGGCCCUCAAGGCCCCAGCGGAAGGUCUCUCACCGGAGAGCCUGGUCGUCCUGGACCCAAAGGAGAUCCCGGUGACAGUGGACUACCUGGGCCGAAAGGCACACCUGGUCAAUCUGGAGCUAUUGGUCCCAUUGGACCAGCUGGAGUACGGGGACCCCCUGGAAACGAAGGACCAGCUGGACCCAGAGGCCCACCAGGCCCAAUGGGACCUGCUGGAUCUCCCGGAAUGUCUGGACCUAUCGGAAAACCAGGAAAACCUGGUGACACAGGGCCUCUGGGAACAACAGGUCAAAAAGGAGAUAAGGGAGACAGGGGAGACUUUGCAUCCCAAAACAUGAUGAGGUCCAUAGCUCGUCAAGUCUGUGAACAGUUGGUGAAUGGUCAAAUGGGCAGGGUUAAUCAGCUAUUGAACCAGAUUCCCAACGGCUACCGUAACAACCACCCCGGUCCUCCCGGUCCUCCUGGUCCUCCUGGCAAUCAGGGACCGCGUGGAGAACAGGGCCAAGCAGGCCGAACUGGCUUCCCGGGAAGUCCCGGUUUACCUGGUCCCCAAGGAGAGCGAGGGCCAGCAGGGGAGAAGGGUGAAAGAGGAAACCCUGGUGUUGGACAGAGAGGACAAAGAGGACCAUCUGGACCUCCUGGCCCACAAGGGGAUUCUAGGGUUGGCCCACCAGGCCCUCAAGGCCCUGCUGGGUCCCGAGGGCCCGCUGGUCGCCCAGGCGUUGCAGGGGUCAGGGGUCCGCCCGGUCAACCCGGCUACUGCGAUUCAUCGCAGUGUGUAGGCAUUCCUUACAACGGACAAGGAUACCAAGAACCAUACCGACCAGAGCCCGAAACCUACGUAGGUCCAAUACCUGAAGAAGAGGAAUAUGAGACUGACUCUCGAAAACGCCGCAGAAAGAGGUCACUAUCAAGAAAGGAAUCAGUAAGGAUAGCCGCAUAAAAAGAGGAUUAUGUUUUUAUCAAAAUUAUUAUUUGUUGUUGUUCACAUAAACUUCUGUUAAGGGAAAUUCAGUCAAUACUAGAUAUUGGGGUUUGAUACCUCUUCAUUAUUUGGACAAAAACGUUUUACGUAUGUGAAUUGGGGGGGGGGGGGGGGACUUAAAACAUAAAUCUCAUUUCAAAUUUCUUGAAUAUCUGUGAGCUUUCUAUCUCUUCACUUAUAUGUUCUGCUUGUAAUAUAACCGCAUUAAAUGUCUUAAAGAAUCCAAUGUUUAACGCACUCAUCGUGUAACAAAUUGGCAUUCAAAGAUGUGAGGGCAUACAGCAAUGAACUACACAGGUUUUUUCCUCUUUUAUUUAUCACACAACUCAAUAUAAAGGUGUAUGUUGUCAUAUUACAAUGGUAUAUUUGCCAUUUUGAAAGGUGGACCUUUCUUCUGCCUUCAGUUUUCCAGACUUCAAUACAGCAGUUAAACAUUGCUUCCAUUUUGUUAUUUUAGACUAAAUAUUUAUCAGUUUUAUUAUACCAAUUCACAGCUGAUUUUACCAAAGGUGGAAUUGCAUGUCUGUGGUGUAUAUUUAGUACAUUUUUUAAUCAGAAUAUAGUUGUUGUUUUUAUCAAUUUCUAAUGCAGUUAGAAUUUGUUUGCAAGACUAUGGAUAUAGAAUUGCUGUUUCAUGUUUUUAACUGCAAAUUGUGAAUUUCACAGCCUUAUUUUCUUAUUUAUUUCUGAAACAGGAGAGGCAUUUUUCAAUAAAACUACUGAAAAUAUA